CAAUCAAAACACACACGAGUAAACAACAACAUUUGUCCAUACUCAAAAUACCAACAAACAACAAUAACAAAACUAAAUAGAUGAAAAUAUAUAAUUAAGUUUGGCCACUUGAAAAAUAUUUGAAACAUUUUUUAUAUUGGAUUUAGUAAAGAGAGUGUUUUUUUUGUCAAUUUUAAAGUAAGACAAAGCUUGUUUUUUGUAUUAUAUUUAAAUAUAAGUAAAUAUUUAUGUACAUAUAUGUGAAACUGUGUGUAUGCAUGAGUGAAUGUCUAUUAUGAAAUUUUACAACAUUUAAAAAUAAUUUUAAAAUUAAAUAAAUGAAAAAUAUAUGUAUAAAGAAUAAAUACAAACAUACUACUGUGCGAGUACAAAAUUUUUAAACUUUCUCUGAUCUGUUACAAAAUUGUAAAUAACAACAGUUUCUUUCAUUUUCGUUUUUUUUUAACGUUUGAAUUUACAAUCAGUUGUAGUUGUUGUUGUACGUUACGAGUAUGUUAAAUAAAUAAAUAGAAGUUGCAAAUAGAGUCAAUUAAAGUCGAGUGGUAGAUUUUCUAAAACGUCGACAAUAGCGACGGCAGCUACGACGACAACAACGAGAACAUUAUGUCAGCAAAAAUAUUUAUUCUCAGUCAUAGAAUGCUCGUGUUUCGAACUGGAACUUCAGUGUAUGCGUCGUAAUAAUCUAGUAAAUUAGUACAUUCAAUAAAAAAAGAAAUACUAAGUGAUCAAACAAUAACAUAAAGUCACAAAAAAUAAAAAUAAAAAAUAAUUAAAAUACAGUGGCUAGUGCAUAAAGAAAAGAAAUAUAACAAAACAAAUUAAAGCAAUAAUAUCAACUUCCAUCAUUUUUUUAUUGAUCUCAGCAUCUGAUCUUUACAAUAAAAAGAGUCAACACAAAGAAUUUGGAGAACAAAAGUAGAAGUUCAUUGUUGUUGUUUUACGUACGUAACGCAAAGUCGUACAUUCCGUUCGUUUUAUUCUUAUUUUAUUUAUAACAAAAUAAUGACAAUAUGACUAGAGUAGGAGAAGCGGGUGUACAGAAUGACAUGGCAGAAGUCGAUGCGAAAUAUGGCAAAAAAUUGGCAUAUGAACGCAAUUUUAAGGCACCCUUAUGGCGUAAACGUUCCUGCACAGAUGUACCUUGUUUAUUAUUAUUUUUAGUCUUCCUGGGAGCUUGGGUUUUCAUUGCCACCUACGCUUGGCGCAAUGGAGAUUUAAAUAAACUUGUCGUACCCACCGAUUCAUUUAAUAAAAAAUGUGGCAUAGAUUCCGGUGUUUUGAAUAAAAAAUAUUUGUUUUUCUUUAAUCUCGACAAAUGUAUAGAUCCUCUAGUACCUAUAACGGGCUGUCCUACGCCACAGGUUUGUGUGGAACAAUGUCCACAGCAGACUUUCAUUUGGGAUACCAUGAAAAAUCAACUUUCAUUGGAGGAGUUGAAAGCUAGACUGAUUUGCCUAACCGAUAACGAUAAGUUUAAUAUAAACAGCAAGGAGGAUGCUCAAAAGGCCAUAAAUGAGGAACGCUGUGCCAGGUGGUAUAUAAAAAGUGCACCCUUCUUAAAUCGUUGCAUGUGGGAAUUCUCACCGCAGGUCUGUGAGUAUAUACCGGCUUUCCUGUUGCAACGCAACCAAAGAGAUCUAACGGGUCUGCAAACGAAUAUAAUUGCUACACAAAGUGAACAACAAUUACAAGCUUUAGCAUUAACCAUGUUUCCCGAAGCGCAGGCUCUUAUGGCGGUGAAACCAGCCACAGCAAUAGAUGCCAAACUUGCCCCAGCUGAAGAGCCUGUUGUACAAUGUCGCAGACGUCAGCAAUUGGGUGAGACUGUUAUUAAAGAAAAAAUGUUACAAACCGAUACCAGACUGGCGAAAUUCAUUGGCAACAUAGUGGCUCAUUUCACUAAUGGCACCCACGAGGCUCAACGUGUAGGCGAAAAUGUUGUAGAGGACAUUUUAAAUUCGUAUAUUGUGAUAUUAACGGCAAUGUUAUGCACUUUGGUGGCCUCGUUAAUAUUCAUUGCCUUAAUGCGCUGGCUGGCAGCGCCCUUCUUGUGGACUUCCAUUUUCGGAGUACUAAUUGGUCUUGUAGUGGGCAUUUAUUUCAGCAUUAAUAAAUAUAUAUUUUAUCAUCGUGAAGCUACUGUGCCACAACAUGCUCUAAAUUUGAAUGCAGUGGUGAAAAAUAUUUUGCAGGACGAACGUUUGUGGCUGUAUCUGAGCAUAUUUUUAUGUGUAUUCUUUGUCAUCUUACUGCUGCUGUUAAUCGUUUUACGUAAUCGUAUUAGCAUUGCAGUGGCUCUAAUCAAAGAGGGCAGCAAAGCUGUAUCCAGUGUCAAAUCGACAGUUUUCUUUCCCAUAUUUACCUGGAUACUGUUCAUUGUAGCGAUAUUAUACGCAGUGGGAGUUGGUCUAUAUUUGGGUUCAAUUGGUAAAAAUUCAUUUAGAAUGAUUAGGCAGCUAGAUCCUAACAGUGUGACGGGUGUCACCCAAGAGAACUGUAAAUGUGAUGGUCCCGCCGUAAAUUACACAGUAGGAGCAAGUUGUGAACCACAAAUUUUCCAGGAUCAUUGUUACAACGCUGACAUUUCUCUACUGGGCUUCUUUCAACAGUCCCAAAGAUCUCCCUGCACUAAGACAAUGUGCAGUUUUGUUGAAGUCAAACAUACACCAUUGGUCACUUGGUUUAUUGUUUACAAUGUCUUUGGUUACUUAUGGUUGACAUUCUUUAUUAGUGCUUUUAGUGACAUGGUUUUAGCCUGUACAUUUGCCACCUGGUAUUGGACGUUUAAAAAGAAGGAUGUGCCCUUUUUUACCCUUACUAAAGCCAUAUUCCAGACUUCCUUCUAUCAUUUGGGCACUUUAGCUUUUGGUUCACUCAUACUGGCUAUAUGUCGCUUGAUACGUCUGAUAUUGGAGUAUAUUGAUCGGAAGAUGAAAAAAUAUGAUAAUGCUGUAACACGAGCCAUACUCUGUUGCAUGCGCUGCUUCUUUUGGUUACUGGAAUCAUUUUUACGUUUCCUAAGUAAAAAUGCCUACAUCAUGUGCGCCAUUCAUGGUAAAAAUUUCUGCACUAGUGCCAAAGAUGCUUUCAAUUUAACCAUGCGCAAUUUUUUGCGUGUCGUUACUUUGGAUAAGGUAACCGAUUUUCUAUUCUUUAUGUCUAAACUCUUGAUAACGGGAGGAGCAGGCGUUGCUACUUAUUUCUUUUUACUAAAUAACCCGUCCAUUAUACAAUUACAUUAUAUAGCCGUGCCCACCGCUAUUGUGGCCAUAUGUGCUUUUCUUAUAACGAGUGUAUUCUUUAGUGUCUAUUCCAUGGCUGUGGAUACUUUAUUUUUGUGCUUCCUUGAAGAUAUCGAAAGAAACGAUGGUUCUCCAGAGAAACCAUACUAUAUGUCUAAACAACUUAUGAAAAUAUUGGGUAAACGCAAUAAAUUACCAAAAUGAACACCAUAAAACGG